GCCAGAGGUGGGAGAUUUAUGGAACUGAGAGGUCAAGGUUUCCUUAUUCAGGUGGUCUGUUGGGUUUUUUCCCUUUUCCAGGUGACGUACAAAUGGCUGAGCUACACCCUGGGCGUCCACGUCAACCAGGCUAAACAAAUGCUCUACGAUUAUGUGGAGAGGAAACGGAAGGAGAACUCAGGAGCUCAGCUUCAUGUCACCUACCUAGUGGCAGGAAACCUCCUCCAGAAUGGGCACGUUUGCCACAAGGUUGCAGUAGUGAGGGAGGAUAAACUCGAAGCAGUGAAGUCGAAGCUGGCCACCCUUGCCAGCGUGCACGUGUACAGCAUUCAGAAGGCCCUGCUCAAGGACAGCUCCCCCCUCUACAACACCGACUACGACAUCGUCAAAUCAAACCUGCAGCACUGCAGCAAGCAAAUGCAAAUCUGCUGUGCCCCCGCCGGGCCCCGGCCGCCGCCCGAGGCUCCCCGAGCGCCGCCGCAGAGCACCCAGGGCCCCCGGGAGCCCGGGGCCACCGGCACGGCCAAUGGCCACGGGCCCGCGGCCGCCAGAGCGCCCCCGCAGCAGCACCGCGGCAUCGCGGGCAUGUUCGCCGCCAGAGCCGCGGCCAAGGGCCAGGACACGCCCAGGGAGAGCAAGGCAGAGGCCAGGGAGGCCCCGGGAGUGUCUGCAGCAAGCAGCAAGCCACCAACAAAGAACAGCAUCAUGAACAACUUCUUUGGAAAAGCUGCUCUGAAUAAACUCAAAGCCAACUCUGUGCCUGAGCAGCCAAAGGAGGAGAAAGAAGUAGUGAAGCCCUCAGUUGCUGUAGCAGAACCAGAGUCAUCUCCUAACAGCGUAGCAGAGAAACCUGGGAAGAAAGCAGAGUCUGCUGGAAUUCAGCAAGAGGACAAGAAGAGUAAAACGAAGAGAGCAGAUAGGUCAGAUGACGAGGAAGAAAGAGAUCCCGAAAACGUCAAGAAAAAGAGGAAGCGAAUCAAACAGCUUCAGUCUGACAGCAGUGAUGAUGAAGAUGUCCCACCAUCUCCCACACCCGAGGAAGAGAGAGCUCCAUCUCCAGCACCUGCACCUGCUCCAAAAGCUGAGCUGGAGCCUGCAUCCGCGGAGGUGUCAGCUGCAGGGAGGAAGAGGAAGAGGAAGCGUGUGCUGAAAUCCAAGAUGUUUAUUGAUGAAGAGGAAGGCUGCAUGGUGACUGAGAAGGUUUACGAGAGCGAAUCCUGCACGGACAGCGAGGAUGAGUUCUGCAAGCCCAAGGCACCAGCUCCACACAAACAGCCCCUGCUGCCCACCAAGAGAGAGCCAAAGGAAGAAAGGAAGAACCUGAAGAAAGGGGCAGCUCCUGCCAACAGAGCCAACAAACAGGUCUCCAUCAUGGGCUUUUUCCAGAAGAAGUGAACUGGGUCUAUCUCCCAGCCCUCUUGGCAGCUUGGGAGUGUUGCUCCCUUUUUUUGUGUGGCUCUCAGCAAGCUGCUUGUGGAGGCCAACAUGCACCCCCUGGUCACGCAAGGUGUCCUGCUUACUGUGUAAGGAAGCACUCUGGACUGGAUUUUGUAUCAGAGAAAGGUUUUUAUUUGUUACUGCAAUAAUUUCAGUCAUCUUAACUAAGCCGUGUGGGAGCUGCCAGCUAGAAGCAACAUCUAGAGGAACUCCUGAAAGGCUGUUAAGUCUGGUCACAUGAAAUUGUAUUUUUUUAAUCACCCCUUGGUGCUAAGUUAGGAGCUGUGGUGUUUUCCUCCCCUCGUUGUACACCCUCAGCUCUCCAGAUUGAUCCAGAUGUUCACGUUGGGUAGAAGCCUACGUAACAUAGCAGGUCUUCAGGCACAGACACAAAUAUUGAACAUCUGCUUCAGCUUUAACUGAAUGAAAUGUGCUUCAUUUUCCCCCUAAGACUGGUAAAUAGUUUUUGCUCUGCCUUUCAUAAUCUUUUUUUGGACAAAGCAGUGCAUAUAAAAUUCUCUUACUCUUUUCUUCCUUUAACGUAUCCUCUGUAACUUGCUCAGAUGGCUAAUUAUAGACUGGGACACUGUUGGUGUUCUGUCUUUACAAAAACAUCCUUGAGGCUUCCCACCCAAUUGGCUCUGGAGUAAUUGGGGGAAGGCUUUGCUGUUAUUGGGAAGGAGCUGGAGGUUUAGCCUUGGAGGCCAGUGAGUCAGAGGGAAGGGUGAUUAGAGGGCACUGCUGAUAGCACCAGGCAGGUACCAGGGAAUGUAGGGUUUGGGUUGCCUGAAGGGUUUUUUACAGGCAUGAACCAGACAAGAGAGGAGUUUAUCCCUGGACAUCUCAUCAUCUGCCUGCUGAAGGAAGAUGUCAUGGCGCAUGGUCCUGAGGAUCCUGUUAUGGGAGAGGAAUAAAGCACAGCAAUCCUGUUAACCAGAAAGGAGCUCUUGGUCCUGGCUGGUCCUAAGGUUGAUAGGCAGGUAUUCCAGAAAAAGGUUUUCCAGAGGAGCUGAUCUCUGAAGCUUGGGCUGGUGGGUGCUCCCAGACAGGGGCUGGUGUUGUCUGUGUUUACUUGAGAGGAGCUGCUGCACCCCAGCAGCAUCACUGGGUUUGUGCCUGGGCAGAGAAUGAACAACCCUGUCCUGGUUUAAUGAAGGAAGUUUAACUGUUGAGAGAAAAACCCACCCUGCUCUAGUGCUUCUGUUGUUCUUGGUGCAGUUGAGGGGAAAUUUAAAGGUAACAAUAAGUAACAAAUCCAAUUGAACACAGACUUUUUUUUUUUUAAUUUGUCCUUAUUCAUUAAACCGUGUGUCAA